AUGAAGUCUAUCAACUUCAAAAAGCGCUUAAUCAGGCAAAAUGCUCGUCUACAACUGCUGGUAGCUCGAUUCAUCAUGAUCAUCCUGAAGGCCCCCAUACCGCGCCCAAUCUUCUCCUGGGACAUGAAUCAUCUCAUUGUAGGACGCCCGACAAAGUUCUUGGAGAACUUCGCCUUUCCGAGAUUGAGAUCUAGUGAGGCGCUUUAUCGCCGUUGUCCCUUGCUGUUUUGGGCCAUCUGCGCGGUUCCAGCGCCUCCUGCCAUACGCUCCCAGCUAGAGGCACAGCUAAAAGGACUGAUUUCCGAUGUACUCCUCGAACCUCCAGGAUCGGUGGAGAUUGUCCAGGCUCUUCUCAUUUUGUGCAUGUGGCCACCAUCUUUCUCCUGGAAUCGUCACGACCCGUCCUUGCUUUACAGCGGUAUAGCAAUUCAUAUGGGCCUCCAGCUCGGACUUCACAGGCCCACCCUUGCAAGAGAGUUUUGUCUCGACGAUGACCAUGUCCAAGCUGAGCCAGACAGUGAAACCAAGAAAACAACGUGGCUCGCCUGCUAUAUUGUCAGUCAGAUGCAAGUCGCCCGCAGUGGGCUACCACUGCCAUUCCCGGAGGAUUCUAUUCUUAUCACUGCAUUCGAUGACCCCAAAGUGUCACCUGAUUUGUCUCUUCUCUGUCACAUCUAUCGUCUUUUGGGGCAAUCUGCAAAAAUAAUUGGCACCAACGGACCGAGCUCAUCUGGUCUAGUCGAUCCGAUUACUCGCGUGAAUAUGGUAAUGAUGUUUCGCUCUCAGUUCUGUACUCUCUGGGAGAGACUACUUCCAUACAAAUGCAACAGACUGGAGCUUAGUUUUCUAGGCGCGCGACUCCAACUGUGGUCAUUUGUCCUCCAUGAUGACAUUCAGUUGUCCGCAGAGGUGUUUGAUAUUGUCAACGAGGCAGAACAAGACGCGAUGCGACUGCUACAAAUCUCCUGCGAGACCAACCUGUCGUUGGUCCCCUUCUACGUUCGACGUUCCAUCUGUUACGCAGCAUUAAUGCUGGUCAAGUUGCUCAGAUACCCUUGUAUCCGCAGCGCUCCUGAAACAAUCUGGGAUCAGAUUGAACUGGCUCGGGUAUCAUUGAGCUCUUCGAUUGGCCCGAGCGAUGGUGACGUUAAUCACGGUAUUGAUCGACUAUUGCAAGCGGCGCCGUACCUUGAGAGUAAGGAAAUGGGGCCGCCAACGCAAUCGCGAAUGACAUAUUCGAUGGUUUUUGACUUCAUCCGUUUGUAUCGAAGGCACUGUUGUCAGCCCGGCCCCGGCGCAUUACCAAUGGUGGGACUUGAGAUUUUUGGAAUGGAGCAUGGUAUUGGGCCUAUUGAGUGGUCUGACCUAGGUCCAUUUUAA